CUACCUACAGAAUCCAGGAAAAAAAAUGACCGUAGGUUUUUGUACGAAUACCAAGAAUACACGGCAUGAAUGUUCGUCUCCUUUUACUUUUCACAUUAAGUUGGACACGAAUGCUCGAGUCCAUGGAUAAUUUUUUUUUUAUUUUAUGUGUUAUGCAGAACACAAGUGAUGAGAAGCAGAUGUUGGACUUAACCUUUUUAAAAUUAACUUUAAUAAUGUUAUAAAAAUGUUUUAUAUUAUUGGAUUGGGUCUCGGAGAUUACAAAGAUGUCACCGUGAAAGGACUGGAAAUAAUAAAGCAGUGUGAUCGCGUAUACUUAGAGGCCUAUACUUCAAUUUUAACAUGCGGAAAAGAAGCAUUAGAAAAAUUUUAUGGAAAAGACUUGAUUAUAGCGGACAGAGAAUUAGUAGAGCAAGGCGCAGAUGAAAUUUUAGUGGGGUCUGAUAGUUCAAAUGUAGCUUUCUUAGUGGUUGGGGAUCCCUUUGGGGCAACCACUCAUACAGAUUUAGUGUUACGCGCAAAAAAUAGGGGUAUUAAAGUACACGUUGUCCACAAUGCUUCUAUAUUAAAUGCUGUUGGUUGUUGUGGUUUGCAACUGUAUAUGUUUGGCGAAACAGUGUCAAUCCCUUUUUGGACUGAAACAUGGCAACCUGAUAGUUUUGUGGACAAAAUUUUUAACAAUUACAGAAACCAGUUGCACACAUUAUGUUUGUUGGAUAUUAAAGUGAAGGAACCCACAAUAGAAAGUUUGACUAAGAAGAAAAAAGAAUAUAUGCCCCCCCGUUUCAUGUCUGUUUCAGAAGCUGCCAAUCAGUUAUUAAAAAUAAUUGAAAACCGAAGAGUAAAAGAAGUACCUGAGAUUUCAUCGCAGUCUCUUUGUGUGGGUCUAGCAAGAGUUGGGAUGGAUGAUCAGAAAAUUAUUGUUUGCACCUUGGAAGACAUGACUGGUAUUGACUUAGGCAGACCUUUACAUUCCUUAAUCAUUGUAGGUCCUAGUUUGCACCCUAUAGAAGAAGAAUAUUUAGAGCAGUUUAGAAUUAGAAUUUAAGUCAAUUUUGUUAUUUAUAUGUAUCAAAGUUUAUUAAUGUUUCAAAUUCUAGCCAAUAGCCCAAUAGAUUUUUAAUAAUAAAUUUCCAAUUAUUAAUAAAUUUUUUUGGUCUCAACUGAG